AUGUACGACGAAUUUUUGAAUUCGGCUUCAUCUUUGAGAAUAGAAGUGCGUGAAUUUGACGAGAUUUCGAAUCCGAUUUAUCCUGUCGGCGCGGGUCGAGAUCAAGAAGCAGGUGGGUUUUACCUUAUGCGCGUCUCGAUCUUGACGUUAGUCGUGGUAUCGUCGAAGCUUGUUGGCGGGAGGAGCACGCUGCCGACGUCCGGAGAAAAGAGAGGACGUCGUAUUCGGUGGAAGAGAUGGACGUCUGUGCGAGAGAGAGAGAGGCAGAGGGCGGCGGCGGGCGACAAUGAACACCCAAAUUGCAAAAUGGGGACCUGCGAGGCUUUCAACCGAAUCACAAAACAUAGACUUCAUCAAGACAUGACACGACCAUCGGUGGACGGGAAGAUGUACGACGAAUUUUCGAAUUCAGCUUCAUCUUUGAGAAUUGAAGUACGUGAAUUUGACGAGAUUUUGAAUCCGAUUUAUCCUGUCGGCACGGGUCGAGAUCAAGAAGCAGGAGCACGCUGCCGACAUCGGGAGAAAAGAGAGGACGCCGUAUUCGGUGGAAGAGAUGGUCGUCUGUGCGAGAGAGAGGUAGAGGGAGGUGACGGGCGGCAGCAGGUGGCGGAUGGACGGCUAUGGCCCAUCGGCGAGGACAACACAAAAUUGUUGAAAUUAGCCACCAUCUGGUCCAUGAAUGGAUUUUUCUUCGAGGUGGAGGGGCGGCAGCGGCGAGGCAUGUAUUGUACCCAGGAAUUGUACCAAGAAACUCACAACACUAUAUUCGGCGCCAUACUCGAGUGGAACCGCACGGCUGCCUUAUCAGACUUUGUGCUCCUGAGGCCGAGCGGUGCCCCACGGGUUGUCUUAGCCCUCCGCGGAACUCUCCUGAAGGAUCCCACCAUUGGACGAGACAUCGAGGAUGACCUCCGGUUCUUGACGUGGGAGAGCUUGAAAGGGUCCGUGAGAUUCGAACGCGCGCUAAAAUCAUUGAAAGAAAUUUCCGGAAGGUACGAGAGCAAUAACGUGUGUGUGGCCGGGCACUUGUUGGGUGCCGGUUUUGCGCUUCAGGUCGGGAAAGAACUGGCUAAGGAAGGUGUGUGUGUGGAGGCUCACCUUUUCAACCCGCCCUCGAUUUCUUUAGCUUCGGGAGUGAGGGCCGUGGGGGAGAAGGCCGGGAAGGCAUGGAGGAAGGUCCGAUCAAUGCUGCAGACGGCCGGUAAUGAGAAUGAAAACAGGUCGUGUGAUGAGGUGGUCGGGCAGGCGAAGAAGAAGAAGAAGUGGGUCCCGCAUUUGUAUGUGAACAAUAGCGAUUACAUUUGUUGUUAUUACAGUGACCCGGUGCUCGAGACGAGGGGAUUGAUGGUAAUGGGGAGGAUAAUGAGAAUGAUGUGA